GUAGGGGACCUGGGGUACCGGAAGAUCCCCAUAGUGAUCCCUCUGGUGGGUUACCUGGUCUCCAGAGGGGUCCUACUCCUGGUCCUGGUGAUGGAGCUCCCGAUAGAGGCUAUGUUCGGCGGGGUCGUGGUCCACGGACUCAGCGGCGGGUUCUGCUCCUACUGGGCCGGGGUCAUGACCCUGGUGUCGCUCACCUCCACCGAGGAGGACCGCUCUCUCCACAUGAUGCACAUCGAGCUGGUCUACGGAGUAGCCGGUCUCAUCGGUAGUCUAGCGUCUGGGCACCUCUUCCAGUUAUGCAAUGUGGACUUUAAACAAGGGACUGUGUUAGUGAGCCUGAGCAUCUUGCUCUACUUUGUGUGCCUCAUCUACACAACGUUUGUAUUUCUAAUGCCAAGUAUCUUGCCAAGCGCACAAGAGCGCAACGAGACCAGCGGGAUCAUCGACGUGCAAUAUUCCAGGAAUAUUCUGAACAUUCUGCUUCUUUUUGCGGGUGGGAUUCUAUAUGACAUGGCGGUGGGAGGAGGGAUGGAGAUACUGGUGACCUUUGAGAUGAAGGAGCCCCUGAACUGGAACGCGACCCAGGUGGGUUACGGUAACGCCGCCGGGUUCAUGGUGUUCCUGACGAGCUUCCUGGGUGUCAUGGUCAUGUCCAGGUGGGUGAGUGAAGUCACCCUCAUCAUCAUCGGCAUGGUGUCCUUCGCUGGCGGGAUCUACUUCAUGGCCUUCGUCACGACAACAUACAUGUUCUAUAUGGGGAUCACCCUCAUCUCACUGCAGCUGUCCUUUAAGAUGGCCAGCCUGGUCUAUACCCCCGUCUACACCAAGGUUUACCAGGCUACGCUGGACUGGUUCCCUGGGUUCGUCUUCACCCUUUCCAGCAUCAUCACAGUCCUCGCCACCAUACCUGUCAGCGUGGUGGGCUGCAGAGCUGGCCGGGGUGACGGUUAUGAGAGGAUCCCGGGGGACUGAGAGUGAUGAUGAUGUCAUCGUGUCACCUUCUCAGGCUAUGAGACAAUACUAGGGAGACUGUGAAUGUUGGGGAAACUGCACUAUAACGAGCCUUGGAUUGAAUCCCAUCCUGAGACUGAGCCAAUGGACGUGAACUGACAGGGCAUUACUGUUGACUGGUCCACUGCCUGAUGUUCUCCAGAGGUUGACUGGUCCACUGCCUGAUGUUCUCCAGAGGUUGACUGGUCCACUGCCUGAUGUUCUCCAGAGGUUGACUGGUCCACUGCCUGAUGUUCUCCAGAGGUUGACUGGUCCACUGCCUGCUCCCCAUGGUUGACUGGUCCACUGCCUGAUGUUCUCCAGAGGUUGACUGGUCCACUGCCUGCUCCCCAUGGUUGACUGGUCCACUGCCUGAUGUUCUCCAGAGGUUGACUGGUCCACUGCCUGCUCCCCAUGGUUGACUGGUCCACUGCCUGAU